AGACAAAUGUCCUGGAACUGGGCCUAUCGGUCUGGAGGGCUCUUGAAGAGCGCGCCCACGGCUGCAAACGGGCGGAGGCGGCCGUCGGCAGACAUCGGUGAGUUCGACGUGUCGUCUGCCAAUUGUCGCAGGACUAACACUACAUUGCAACCAUGGCUCAGGCAUUUAGCAGCGUGGAGUAACAAGACGCCUUAAACUGCAGACCGAGGCGCGCGCGUGCUAAUGCAACGAGCGCAAGGCAAAAAGCAAAUUCAUCGCCUAUCGGCCGAAUCAACGCACGCAGAGGCACUACUGUGCGCAUGCGUUGCAACUUCCAGCCGCGUUGCAUCGCAACAGCGCGCGCUGCAACGCAAGCGACAAUCACACAAAGAAGACGCGAAAAAAUUGCACCGACGGCGCACCCGACGCCACGGGCGGCGCGCUGCGGGCAAUUGCGCGCGCGUCGAGCGUACGACCCACCGCGACCACGCGCCGCGCGUACGACGCACGCACGCACAAAUAACAAAAACACCACACAGGGUGACUACCGCGUCGCGGACAUUUCGCUCGCCGACUUCGGUCGCCGCGAGAUAGAGCUCGCCGAGUACGAGAUGCCCGGCCUCAUGAAGACCGUCGAGGAGUACGGCGCCGCGCAGCCGCUCAAGGGCGCGCGCAUCGCGGGCUCGCUCCACAUGACGAUCCAGACGGCGGUCCUCAUCGAGACGCUCAAGAAGCUCGGCGGCGACAUCCGCUGGUGCUCGUGCAACAUCUUCUCGACGCAGGACCACGCCGCCGCGGCGAUCGCGCGCGACGGCUCGGCCGCCGUCUUCGCCUGGAAGGGCGAGACGCUCGAGGAGUACUGGGAGUGCACGAUGAACGCCAUCACGUGGACGAACCCCGACGCCAAGGGCGACGGCCCGGACCUCAUCGUCGACGACGGCGGCGACAUGACGCUCCUCGUGCACGAGGGCUGGAAGGCCGAGAACGCCUACGCCAAGGACGGCACGCUGCCCGACCCGUCGUCGACGGACAACGCCGAGUUCAAGAUCGUGCUCACGAUCAUCAAGCGCACGCUGCCGCAGCAGCCCGACAAGUGGCACAAGGUCGCGGCGCGCAUGAAGGGCGUCUCCGAGGAGACGACGACGGGCGUGCACCGCCUCUACACGAUGUCGAACGCCGGCGAGCUCCUCUUCCCGGCCAUCAACGUCAACGACUCGGUGACGAAGUCCAAGUUCGACAACCUCUACGGCUGCAAGCACUCGCUGCCCGACGGCAUCUGCCGCGCGACGGACGUCAUGCUCGCGGGCAAGCGCGCCGUCAUCUGCGGCUACGGCGACGUCGGCAAGGGCUGCGCCUUCGCCAUGAAGGCCGCCGGCUGCGUGACGACCGUCACGGAGUGCGACCCCAUCUGCGCGCUCCAGGCCGCCAUGGAGGGCUUCCAGGUCAAGACGCUCGAGUCGCAGCUCGACACGCUCGACAUCGUCAUCACGACGACGGGCAACAAGGGUGCGUUUUGCGGCGUCUGCUCUUGAUGGUGUCAUGGCUCACCGGUCGAUUCCAUAGGUAUUAUCAUGAACAGCCACAUGGCCAAGAUGCGCGACAACGCCAUCGUCGGCAACAUCGGCCACUUCGACAACGAGAUUGACGCAUGAAAUCAGCGUCAAUCUUUCACAUGCCUAUAUCGACGCGACCCCCCCUACGCAGAUGGAGGGCCUCAUGAAGGCGACGAAGCGCAUCAACAUCAAGCCCCAGGUCGACAAGUUCGUCUACUCGAACGGCAAGGGCCCCAUCGUCCUCGCCGAGGGCCGCCUCCUCAACCUCGGCUGCGCCACUGGCCACCCGUCGUUCGUCAUGUCCAACUCGUUCACGAACCAGACGCUCGCGCAGCUCGAGCUCUGGAAGGAGAAGGACUCGGGCAAGUACUUCGCCGGCGGCCCGGGCAAGUACAAGGUGUACACGCUCCCCAAAAUCCUCGACGAGAAGGUCGCGGCGCUGCACCUCACGUCGCUCGGCGUCGAGCUCACGAAGCUCUCGGCCGAGCAGGCCGACUACAUCGGCGUGCCUGUCCAGGGCCCGUACAAGCCGGAGACGUACCGCUAUUAGACGCCCCGUGGUCGGUUUUCCCUCGCACCCGCGCCUCCGUCCGGAGCCGCGCGUGGCCGCCCCUGUCUAAAAGUGCAAGUUCA